AUGGUGAUAAUAUCCACAGGGAUAGCUUUGACUUUGGCGAGUGGUCUCUUGACUCUCUUGUUUUUGGCUCGUGGUGAUUUGCCUUAUGCCAUUGGUGCUGGUGUUGCAGCGUUGACCACGUUACUCAUUCACAUACUGGACUAUUACUAUGCUAUUGCCAUCAUAUCAACUGGUAUCGUACUAGUUUACUCCACAAUUGUGUUAUUUUCACACAACCCAAGAUCACCACAUGAAUCUGAACUACAUUUCAUCACAACAAACACUGAAACGUCAAGAGAUUCCACAACAUACCCACUACCAAAAAGGGGCAUAACGACACAGAUUGAAGAAAUCGAACUAAGUGUGGUGAUACCUUGUUAUAAUGAAACUAAAAGAUUGAAAAUAAUGUUGGAAGAUGCAAUUUCAUAUCUACGUACAACUUAUGAUACAAAAUUUGAAAUUUUAAUUGUUGAUGAUGGCUCAAAAGAUGGAACAGCUGAAUAUGCCCUUGAUUUAGCCUUCAACUAUUUUGAAUUAUACCCUGGACAAUUGAGAGUGGUCAAAUUGGUUAAAAAUAGAGGUAAAGGUGGUGCAGUCACUCAUGGUAUCCAACACGUUCGUGGUAAAUAUGCCGUGUUUGCAGAUGCUGAUGGUGCUUCCCAAUUCAGCGAUGUCUCGAAAUUAAUUAAAGCUGCUGAAUCUAUAAAAGGACCAGCAGUUGCAGUUGGUUCAAGAGCUCAUAUGGUUAAUUCUGAUGCUGUUGUCAAGAGAUCGUUUAUUAGAAAUUUCUUGAUGUAUAGUUUGCACACUUUGGUGUUUGUAUUUGGGAUUAGAGAUAUUAAAGAUACUCAAUGUGGAUUUAAAUUAUUCAACAAAGAAGCUAUUGUUGAAAUUUUCCCAUAUAUGCAUACCGAAGGUUGGAUCUUUGAUGUUGAAAUCUUGAUUAUUGCAUUGAGGAAGCAAAUUCCAAUUAAAGAAGUUGCAAUUUCAUGGCAUGAAGUUGAUGGAUCAAAAGUUGAUUUAGCAAAAGAUAGUAUCAAUAUGGCCAUUGAUUUAGUUGUUACAAGGUUAGCUUACAUUUUUGGUAUUUACAAAGAUAACUAA